GCGCAUACUUUUACAACACUGCCGCCACCGGCACUGUGCAACACUGUAUUAUAAGUGCAAAAUUUCGCAGUAGGAAAUUUAUAGCCAACGUGAUUAAAUUUAGCCUAUUUUCGUGGGAAUUAACGACCGAAAAGGUUGUAUAUAUAGAAACAAUUUAUAGGAAAUACCAGAGAGGGACUUUCGCAAAAACCCGGAGCACGCCGAGGAUCGCCCCAUAGAUCACCAUGCCACGAGGAAAGUUCGUCAAUCACAAGGGCCGCAGUCGCCAUUUCACAUCUCCCGAGGAACUGCAGCAGGAAUCGGAGGAGGACAGCGACCAGACCAGCGGCUCGGGCUCCGAGUCCGAGGACAAAGAGGGCGCCAGUGGGUCCAAGCCGAAGGUUCCGGCGCCCAGGAAGCCGCCAGCAAACCGACAGAAACCAAGAUCUUCCGCAGGAGCAGGAGCAGCCAGCAGCUCGGAGUCGGAAUCCGAGGAGGACUCGGAAGAUGAUUCCGAUCUGGAAGCACGCGACGCCAAGAAGGGCGUGGCCUCACUCAUCGAGAUCGAGAACCCCAACCGGGUGACCAAGAAGGCCACCCAGAAGCUGUCGGCGAUCAAACUGGACAACGGUCCUGGAGCGGAGCCCGGCAAGGGUGCCCCCAAGCCGGAACUCUCCCGCCGGGAACGAGAGCAGAUCGAAAAACAAAAAGCCCGCCAGCGUUACGAGAAACUCCAUGCCGCUGGAAAGACCAUCGAGGCUAAGGCUGAUUUGGCCAGGCUGGCAUUAAUCCGGCAGCAGCGCGAGGAGGCGGCCGCCAAGAGGGAGGCGGAGAAGAAGGCAGCCGAUGUGGGCACCAAGAAGCCAGGUGCCAAGUAAUAGUGUCCUCCUCCAUCCCCUCCAGAAUAACAGAGCUCUCAAUCCCGAAACAACAAACACAACAAACAGGGCUAAAUGGCAAUUAGUUAAGCGUAAAUUAACCAAUGUAACGUAAACACACAUUCAAAAUUCUUCAAGUUUUCUAAGCCUGUCUUUUGUAACUGCAAACUAUACAAAAAAAACAUUUAAUAAUAAACCGACUUAUUAUAAACGAGA